CCUCCCUCCCUCCACCCAUCCAUCCACCCAUCCAUCCAUCCGUCCGCUCACCCAGCCAGCCACCCCCGCCCGCCCUCCAUGGGCCGGCGCGGCCGGCGCUGAGCGCCGGGAGGCAGCGCCCGGCGGCGCCCGGCUCCGCGAUGAGCGGCGGGGAGGUGGUCUGCUCGGGCUGGCUCCGAAAGUCGCCGCCGGAGAAGAAGUUACGGAGAUACGCAUGGAAGAAACGCUGGUUCGUCCUGCGCAGCGGUCGGAUGAGUGGCGACCCCGAUGUCCUGGAGUACUACAAAAAUGACCACUCCAAGAAACCUUUGCGUGUCAUCAACCUCAAUUUCUGCGAGCAAGUGGACGCAGGCCUCACCUUCAACAAGAAGGAGCUGCAAGACAGCUACAUCUUCGACAUCAAGACGAGCGACAGGACCUUCUACCUGGUGGCUGAGACCGAGGACGACAUGAACAAAUGGGUCCGCAGCAUCUGCCAGAUCUGUGGCUUCAACCAGUCCGAGGAGAACACAGACACCCUGAGGAGCAUCGCCUCCAUGAACCACGGCCCGCGCUCCUCCCCGGCCGAGCUCAGCGGCGCCAGCCACCACCUGCUGCGGGAGCGCAAGUCCUCAGCGCCGUCCCACUCCAGCCAGCCCACCCUGUUCACCUUCGACUCGCCUGCCAGCCACCUCCAGAGCACCCUGUCUGCCAGUGCUCCCCAGGACUACCUUUUCCUGCACCAGUGCAUGAGCAGAAAGUCAGAAAAUGCAAGGAGUGCCAGCUUCUCCCAAGCCACCAGGUCUGCCUUCUUCAUGCGGAGCGACUCGGCGGUGCAGAAGCUCUCGCAGGGCAACGGGCACUGCAUGAACGGCGUUGGCGGGCAGCUCCAUGGCUUUUACAGCCUGCCAAAACCCAGCCGGCACAACUCGGAGUUCAGGGACAGUGCCUACGACCUCCCGCGCUCCUUUGGCUCCUACACCCACCCCAAGUCGAGCCUCACCAGCUCCGAAACUGAUAAUGAGGAGGUCUACACCUACAAGACUCCCAACAACACCCUAUGCAAGGAGUUUGGGGAGCUCUCCACGGACUCCUAUGACAUCCCUGCCACCCCACUCUCCAUCUACCAGAUCCCCAGGACAUUUACACUGGACAAGAACCACAACGCUCUGGCUGUGGCCGCCAGCGACUCGCCCGCUGCGCCACCCCCACGGCCCCCGAAGCCUGGGCAGACAGAGCCACGCUGGGGCAGUCCACCCCAGCGGCCCCAGCCUGGUGAAAAUCUAGGUCUCACCCCCAUGGCAGCCACCAUUCCCCGGAGAAACACGCUGCCAGCAGUGGAGAACAGCAGACUGCACCGAGGUGAAUUUGGAGCUUCUUCCUGUGAGACGUACGAGUACCCCCAGCACGGGGGCGGCAGCGCUGUGCAGUCAGUGGAGUCCAUGAACGAUGGAUACCACUCCUACCUGCAGGCCAAGGCAGUGGUGGCCCGCUCCCACAGCACCGACUCCGAGGACAACUACGUCCCCAUGAACCCCGGUUCCUCGCCCCUAAUCCACGCCGAGAAAGCCAACGACAAUGCCCAAAGUCUCUACAUUCCCAUGAGCCCUGGGCCGCAUCACUUUGACCUGGUGGGCUUGUCCUCGGCCACCCUUCCCGUGCAUAAAGGAGGAGCCGUGGCUCAGUGCCACCGGCGGCUGAGUGAAAUCCAGCCCCCGCCAGUCAACCGCAACCUCAAACCCGACCGGAAAGCAAAGCCAUCACCGCUGGACCUGAGGAACAACGCUGUCAUUGAUGAGCUUCCCUUCAAAUCGCCAGUCACAAAAUCCUGGUCCAGGCCAACGCAGACCUUCAACGCCGGCUCUCUGCAGUACUGUCGCCCUGUCUCCUCCCAGAGCAUCACCAGCACUGACUCGGGAGAGAGUGAGGAGAACUACGUGGCCAUGCAAAACCCCAUUUCUGCUUCUCCUGUUCCUAGUGGUACCAACAGCCCAGCGCCUAAAAAGAGUUCGGGGAGUGUGGAUUACCUGGCCCUGGACUUCCAGCCAAGCUCACCAGGGCCACACAGGAAGCCCUCCACAUCGUCAGUCGCCUCAGAUGAGAAGGUUGAUUACGUGCAAGUGGACAAGGAGAAGACACAGGCGCUGCAGAGCACCAUGCAGGAGUGGACUGAUGUGCGGCAGUCCUCGGAGCCUGCCAAGAGCAUGAAGCAGUAGUACCCGCAGCAGGCAGCAAAACAGGAAAAUGUCCUGUUGGUUUUCCCCAGCUGCUGGGGUACCAGACCCACUUGGGCUGGAUUUCUAAGACUUCUCUGUGGAGGGGAGGGGGUGUCAUUGGUUUGUUUUUUUCUCUUAAAACAAAACAAAACUUAAUUUCAGGGGAAGACUUGGCGGAUACUGUUUGCCAGUGAUAAAGACCAACUAUGUUUGGUGGCUAGGUUUGUGCUUUAGCUGCUGGAUGCACUGUCCAGGAACUUUGACUUAGCAAUACCAGGUUUCACCCUACUCAUCUUUUCCUUACAGCUAUUAAAGCCACCUUGUAUGUUCUAACACUGCAUCAUCUCUCCCCGUCUUCUUCCAUAUCGUACCCUAAACCAUGCCACGCAGGUUUGCAGCAUCUCCCAAAGGAUAUCAUUGCCCAGCUCUGAUUCUCCACUCCUUAUGGUUGUCCUCUUCUCUGCCUCCUCCCAGUCCCGAAACUGAGCAAGGACCAUUCCUUUUGAAAUCACUUUUGUUGUCCUGUCUCUUGUAAAUAAUAUGUUCAAAACCUCUGAGGGCUGUUCUGCUCUCGGUUGGACAGCCCCCAAGGUUUUGGUUGGGGUUGUUAACCUUCAGGAGCUUGACACACCAUCCCCACCAUCCCAUUGAGCUGACUUAGGACUCCAGGACUUGCCCCAUCAUACACACACAUACAUGUCAGCAUAUGCUCUCAUGAGUUUGUUUGGGUUCUUCUGUUUGUAUUCUCCAUUAACUCUCAGAGUGAACGGGCUGGAGAAAUUGGUUUUGGAAGGGGCUGGAGGGAUUGGCUUUGCAAGGUAGAAUCUAAGCACUGACCCACUGCCUAUCCGAAACCAAUUCCUGUGAAUCUGACCCUAAAAACCACAGUUUGCCUUUUGAGGCACCAGAAGAAGCCCAUAAAGUGAGAGUCCUACAUCAUGGACAUUGUGAGAAGCCCUGUGGUUGAGUUUGAGGGGGCAGGGAGGCUCUGAAGACCCUGUGUGUGUGGACUGGCAUAAGGAUGAGUGGCAAGAAGGGAGUGGGAGGCUGCUGUGAGGACUGGGAGAAGGCCAGUGGUGUACUGCAGAGAUUGGUCCUGGGUGAGGAGGUUCGGUGGAAUGUUUCUUGGAAGAAAAAAAGAAGGGUAAUUGAGAUGUUGGUUGAUGGUGAGGUCAUAGGCUUGGGAAGAGGUUGGUCAGGAGAGUCAGGGCAGGGCGUUUCAGUAGGAGCUUUAACGUAGCAUUGUGGUUGGUUUGUGGAGGGUGCAAAAGGCUGAACUAUUUUCCCCUCAUCUUCAGCAAUGUUUCUUCAACACAACACUGGGGCUUGCUGACAUUAAUGGCCCUAGGCUCUAAUUAUGGGUGGGAGUCUGCUGUUGUCCCUUGCCAGCAUCCUUAACACAUCCAGGCUUUGGGAUCAUUCCUCAGACAGCUGCUGAGCACAGAGAGAAGAGAAGGACGAGACAGUUUAAUGCAGAGAUAAUAAUUCAUGAUCUCAUGAAAACAGGAAGGACUAAUGAUUGCCAUGGAGCAGCCUGAUUGCCAGACAGCAAGCGCUGACACGAAUAAACAGGCUGACCGCAAACCAAGAGCCAAAUGAAGGAGACAUCAGAAAGAUUAGGUAAUAAUAUUUAUUAAAGAGCUGGAGCUAUUCUUUCUGUGAGCUGAACCCCUCCCAGCACCGUGGGCUCUAUGUUCCACCAACACCACCAAGUUGUAUUGAUUAUUAAUGCUUAAGCAUUAACACAUUUCCUUAAUCUUGGUCUGAGCUUGGAAAGGGCCAGACGUGACCCACAUGGGGAUAGGAUUCCAGUCCCUUAAGGGCUGUGUGUGCUGUGUGCUGGUAAAAUAAGUCUUGAACUUUCAACACCUUUUUGUGUUUUCUUCUCGCAUGCCAUGAAAGGGAAGGAUGCUAAUGAAAAGCUCUGAUAACCCUGUUGAGAUGUUGAAGUGUUGGACUUUUAUAGAAACAAGGAAACAAACACCCUAAUGUUUAUGUUAAUAAUUAUAAUUAAUAGAAGGGAAAAAACCUCAAAGCCCCAAAGGGGAAGAUUUAGCAGAGUCAGAUGCUUUCUAAAGGUCAGGGGGGGUGUUACACCCUGCAAGGGCCAUUGCCUCCUGCUGGAGGCUUGCACACUUGCCUGGUGAGUUGACAAAAUGAAGACUAGAAUGCAGUACUUCGUAUUUCUAUUGACCCCUUCAUCUCUGCAUCUCAGGGGAGACUAAACAUUGGGUCUGAUCCAGAGCCCACUGAAGUGUGCAUUCACCCAUCUGGGAGAGAGCUCCCCAUCCCCACCAAAAAGAAUGUCACUCUUCUGGGAAGCUGAUUUUUUCCCAUUUCUUCUUCAAAGCUGUUAGCUUUAGUGGCUCGAGAGAGAACACAUGGGGUUUGAGUGCGAGUUGCUGAGUGGGUGCCCUGCGCUUCUGCACUGGGACUAGGUGCAUCCAGUGCCCACUCCCACGUUUAAUCCAAGGGGUUAAUUAGGACUGGAAAAGCCUUUUGUGGUACUGGAGAAACUAGACCUUUUUCUCCAUGUUUCACAAAUGUCUUUGUUCAUGGGGCAACCACUGGCAUGGGAUAGCUCUUUUCCCAGGCUCAGACCCUGUGUUUUGAUAAUUUCCUCUCAUGAGCAUCCCUAGUAACUGGUUCAUUGCAUUUGGCAGACCAAGGACCAAAAUGGCCCAAAAGCAGCUACUUAACAACUGCUGGUUGCUGGCCCCUCUCUGCUUUGCAGUGAAGUCUGUGUUUUCACUGAAAAAGAUACAUUCCUCUACCUUUUCCCUGCAAAGCACCAAGCAAACAGCACCACCAAACUAAGCAGAGGGCCACAGACUCUGUGCCAUAUAGACACGACUGUAUCAACCCCUCCUGAAAGCAUUAAGUAAUCAAUGGCUUCAGUGGAAAUAGUCACCCAUGACGAUUGCCAAGCUGAUUACAGCAGUCCCUGGUGAUUAAUGUUUGUGCAGUAUUUAGUCUUAAACCAUAUUGAAAAGCAGCUGCUUUAAUUACACAGACUGCCAAGAACUUUGUCCUGAAGGCAUUGAGUUUAUCACAUCCACUUUAUACUUGGAUUCUUAAGUAUGACAGGCUCCUUUGUUAGAAAUAGGUAUUUAAGGAAACUGAGAACAUUGCAAAUUAUUCAUUUUAAUUGAAAUUAAACUGGCUUGAGCCUUCACGUCAGAGCCUGCUCUACAGCUCUGUGGUUUGAUUUAGAAAAGUGCUUGCAUGUGUGUGUGCUCAUGGAGAAGGGUUGUCUGUGGGACAAGCACCAUGACCUCAAUAUUUAGUUUUAUGAAGCAGUGGGUCCGUGGCUCAAAGCUUUCCCCAAGCUUGAAAAUGACUAAGCAGGUGGUUUUAAAGGCAAAAGUCUCCAAGAGUGUGUAUCCCUUGCUGUGAGUAUGCAAAUGCUGCUCAUCAUUCCUCUGCCUGGUGAGAUGUGUGAGCUGCCUUGGAGCUGAUUUGCUCUGAACUGGCAUUUGAGUGUUCAGUGGGAAAUACAUUUCCAGCUCUAAAUAGAUGCCAGGCUUAGGCUUAGUCUCAAGCUGGCGAAAGAGAAUAAUGUGUGAGCGCAGAGAGUGCCAGGGCAAAGCUGAGAGUCUGGCAAAGAGGGCCAAAUGCAGAAUCAGAACCAAAAGAUAGGAAAGGCUUGGCUUGUCUAGGAGCUAACUGGAAUGGAUUUGAACUCUGGGCCACCAGCCACUGGCAAGGGUGAGAUAUGAGAGAACAUGAGGUUGGGACGAGAGAAGGCAGAGGAGUUUGCCAGUAAGGUUUGGGUCUUGGUCCUCACUGUGUGCUCCUUUGGCCUGUGUUUUUGGGUCAGAUGUGCAGAGAUUUGUGGGUUGUGGAAUGCUCAGUAGAAGCUGGUGGGACAGGAGCUUCCACCACUCUCGGGCACUUCACUCUCAAGGGGUCAUCCUGCCUGACAACGUGAUGCCUGUGCUCUGGCGUUCAGGAAUGCUUGGGCCAUUCACCCAGCUCUGAGCUGGGCAGGAGAAACCCUACAAGAAAUGUGUGGGGACCAGGACAUCCUGAGAGACACCUUGCUGAGGGUCCCAUGAGCAUUUCCUGGGGCAGCAGUGCCAUGGUUUCACAGGGUUGUCCCUGGAUGUGCCAUCUUCAUCCCUGAAGUUUUUCAAGAUCAGUCUAGGUGAACCCCAUAGCUGACCCUGCUUGAAGCAUCUCUUCCACACUGAGACCCUGUGCUUCUGGGGUUGAGUGGAGACUCCUCCAUGUGAGGGAGGGGGCCCAGGGGGUUGCUUGGAGCCCUGUAACAUCCAAAACAGGUACAGGGCCGCUUCUCUGGCCAUGAAGCCAAGUGGCAAGGCACACAGCUCAACCCCUAAGGCCAUACUCCCCAGUGAGAAGACCUAAUCCACACUGGGCCAUCCCUUGCACCUGGGAAAGGGCUGACUGGCCCAGAACAAGUCAUCCAGGACAUGGACAGGCAGUUCUAGCAACUGUGAGACAGCUUGAACCUGUAAAUUUGUCAGGCUAGGUCCAGACCUCUCAGCAAACCCAUGCCACCUCCACACCAGAAAUGGGGGUACCGCCACGUCCAGGUCUUAUGGAAGUUGCUAAAAUAGUUCCCAGGUGCUGUCGGAACUUUCUGGCCCAGGAGGCAAGUAAAAGGGUGGUUUUCUCAAGUUGUGCUUGCAUUGUGUUGGUGUUUUCCCACCUGGUGAUGUAAAAGUUCCAUUCCAUGUAAAAGCUGACACCCACAGUGCGUGUGCCAUUGGAGGGAUGCUGUCUAGGUGAGAUGGAUGCAGCAGAGCUGUGGAUAUGAAGAAGCCCAAGUUCUACAGGAAGGGGGAAGAGCAAAGCCUAACUUUGGCACCAGCCAGAGAACACACAUGGCGGUCAAAGAACCAUCAAAAAAAUGAGAAGGACCAGUCCAGCAUCAAAUCACAAGGGCCAAUAAGCCAAUUUAGGGCCUCUGAUGAGUCUGAGUGCCUCUCUUCUCUGCCCAGCCUUCCCACAUGUACAUAAUGAUCUUGGAGCUGUUAAUGAGGCUCUUGCAGGUCAAGAUGUGCACUUUUUGUUCACGAUUCCUCCUUGGUCUGGAGCAGUUCAUCCCUCUAUCAGCCUGUCCUUGGUGUCUCAUCCUUGUAGUCACAAUUUUAUCUCCUUGUUCAUGACUCCUAGUGUUGUACUGUUGAUCAGGUUGCUGGUUUAGUGUCUUCUCUUGAGAAAAGUUGAUAUGUAGCAAGGUGUCACAAUACAGCUGUCCCCUUCCAGCCCACGGCCAGCUGGUCCUGGCACGUGGUGUUCAAGUUCUAACACCAGCCAGUAAUAUCUGAAACAGAAGCUGGGGCGCAUGGCUCCAUCUCUUUAGCUGAAAAAGCUUCUCAACAGGAUUGCUCCCAAUCAGCAGGCUCUUAAUUUUUGAUGCAGCCCAUUGCUAACAUAUAAUGGGUUCAUUAGUGGGCCAGUGGGUUGACCAUAUGGGAGAGGUUUGCCCCCAAACCAGGAGAUAAGAAACCAACAUUUUUAUUGUCAUUCUCUGGGUGACACCACACUGUAUCCUCAUGUGGGACGAGAGGGUUCAUGUGAACUCUGUAUCCUGCUUUUUCUCCGGCUUGUAAAAUGAAGGUUUUUAGUACUUAUUUCCCCACCUCACAGAUGUGUCAUGAGGUGUAAUUAAUUGACAUCUAAUAAUGCAAAGAGAUGUUUUGAGUCUGCAGGCAAUGGCUUGGCAGCAGGUGGUGCUAACCUAUUGUCAUACCCAGCAUCAUGCACGACACCAACACAUCCCGCUCUGCAAAACUCAUUAAAAACCCCUUCAUCCUUAACUACCAAGGUGAAAAAAAACUUGGCAGGAUUUUCUUCUGAGUGAGGGGGUGGGGGAAAUGUCAUUUGCACAGUUUUCAGUGUUCUGCUGCCACAUUUACCCUGGAAAUACCACGGGUUUUUGAGAGCAGUAUGGACGUGGUGGCUGAGCCACGCUGCAGAGAGGGGAAGGGAGCAGGACCCUGGGCUCCACGGGGAGCCUGUCGAUGAAUCCCAUAGGGUUAGGACCAAACCUUUAGAGUAGUUGUACCCCACUCAUCCCAGCCCUUGGCAAAGUCAGCGUGAGUUUGCCGUCAUUGUGUGGGAACUUUGGGCAUCAUUGUGUGGGAACAGACCCAGUCUGAUUAGGGUAGUUUUCUCCAUUUGUUUCUUAACCUGCUGCGAGGAGGGGUUGGAGCCCUGGCUGUGAAGCUGUUGCAUCAGCAGCCGAUUCGCAGGGAUGUUUUGUGUGUUUCAAAGCCUAUGACUGUUCUUAAAGAGGAGUAUUUUUAAUUUUUUGAUUUCCAUUUGUAGAAGGAAGGACAAGAGUAAUCUGUGGCAAACUGUACAGUAUGUGUCUUCUUGUGGUGUCACUGUUUGAAUGGUUAUUAAGUUUUCAAAUCACUGUGGACAGCUAAUCACUUAAGUUAUUAAUUUAUUCUAUGGGGGGUUGUUGUUUGGUUGGUUUUUUUUAAAGUAAUUUGAAGCAAUUAUUUAUCCUGUAAAUCGGUCUUGAGUGAAGCCUAGAUAAUACUUUUUUUGCUGUUAAUAAACAUGGUACAUGCCUGA